ACCUGCGCCAUUAACAAACAGACAAUUCCAAAAAUGUGAACCCGUUUUAACUCCAGAAGGAAAAUAACCAAGAUCUGUCACUACUGUGUUACAAAGUAUCUUGUAUGUAAAGCUUAAAGUAAGAUUUUGGUUAAUUGUGAAUACCUCAGUUUUGUAAUAUCAGAUUUAAUAAUGGUAGAGUUAGAAUAAAUGUCAAGCUCUUCACAAGACUGACAUAACAGUUUACAUUAAGUGCUGGCUCAAAUAAUGAUCCCCCCCUCCCUGUUAUUAUUUUUAUUAAGACAGUACUGGAUGUAUUUCCAGCAUAUGUAAGGGCGACACUUAAAUGUAAGCGUCAGUGUUAAAUAAUAUUCAAACUCCAAAGUGCCCAUUGAGCAUUUUCAGUGUCGCCUUCGUCGUCGCCGUCUAAACUUAUACCAGCAGCCCCCGCGCGCGGCCCUUCACACUCCCCACCCUCCCCUGCUCGGCCCUAUUUGGACACGCAGCGGCGCUCCAUUCAUUCCAGCGCCCCCCCCCCCAGCUGACCCCCUACCCGGCCGUCAUGGCGAUGUUGUAGAAGGCACACAAUGGGGAUCGCGCUGUAAGCAGUUUCGGGCCGGCGCUGCGUGGAACGUACUGGUGGCGGGGGCAGGGCGGACAGCGGCGGGGACCGCUCUCCGCCCCCCUGGGUCUCCCACCCCGGUGUCCUCGCAGCAUGGGCUCGGGCCGGACGCUGAAGUUGGCGGUGUGCGAGGCGCUGCAGUUCGCCGGCCUGUGCGUGCCGCUCUUUGUGGUCAUGCAGCGCUUCGCCGCCAUCGUGGCCAAGGUCCAAGGUGAGGGGGGCACCGGCGGGGCCUACUGGCUCAUCGUGGCCUCGUCGGUGGCUUACAUCACGUCCGCCACCCUCCUGAUCUGGGUGCCCCUCAAGUAUAUGGUGUUCGCCAAGAAGAGAUUCCUGGUGGGGAGAAAGAAGUGGAGGCCCGUGGCCCUCGUGUUUGUGGUCCUCUCCACGAUGCCCUGCUUUGCCUUCCUCAUCGCCAGCUCUGAGGUCCAGAUCCGCCACAAGCUGCGUCACGACGACUUCGGCGAGCUUCCCGUGUCCCUCAUCCUUUUCUCGCUUAUCUGCAUGGACGUCGUGGAAAGGAUGCGCCACUGCAGGCUGACAGGCCGGGAUAACGUCCUGGAGAGAGACGCCGACAUCCCCUCCUCAGUGCUGACUCACGUGGAACAGGUCUCCCCCAUAUCCCCUGCCGUUCAGGGGUCCGGGAUGACUGGCCCCGGAAGGGCCGGUCCCGCUUUACCCCCCGCGGCGUCGGCUGGGGCGACGGGCCAGCGGGGGGGCAACAGGACCCACAACAGCUCCAGCCGUAGACCGGAGACCAACGGCGCCGUCCCAGGGAUUCCCGGCAACGCCAGGAGGGCAUUGAGCGUUCCGGAAUCCAGCCCCAGCGUGGCGCGCCCCCCCUCGGGCCCACUGCGGUUCCUGUGUGCUAGCGACACCCGCGCCGAUGUCUUCGUGGACGGCUUCAUGUUCUGGAUGGACACGGCGGAGAUGACGCGGGUGGCAUCCCACCAGCUGGUUUGCUUCUCGGGGUGGGUGUCCCCCAUUUACGUCUUCUGCUGCCUGUCCUGCCUGCGGGUGGUGGUCGCCCCCCACGACCCGCUUCUGUCCUUCCUGGGCGUCGUCCUCCAGGACCUGCCCUUCCUGUUCGUGCGAGCCGGCCUGCUGGCCAUCUUCGGUCUGGUCACGCCGGUGCUUUACCUGCUCAAGAAUCUGCUGGUGUGCUUGGCCUUCAUCUACUUCAACUUCAUGACCAAGCUCAGGAUCUUCAACACCCAGAGGAUGUACUUUUAAACCCACCACUCCCCCCCCCCCCCCAAAAAGAAGUAGAACUUUUGUACAUGUUUCUGCAGUGUAGCCCUGCAGUCGCCGCUUGAAAAUGGACCGGAAUCUUCACCCGGCCUAGCCACAACGUUUUGCAAAUAAGUUACGUGACCGUUCACAUGAAUUGAAGGGGUGUUGCUGUUUUGGUUAGCAAUUGAGUUCAAACGGGCUACGUGUCUGUGAGGUGAGGAAAAUUAUAAUUAGUGUAAUAUAAUAAUAAUUUUUGGAAAAUGAGGGCUUUUAAUGUAUUUGAGGGAGAUUUUUACUUGUGGAUUUGUAGCUUCCUAUUCACAUUUGUAAUAAAUAUUUAUAUUACAUUUUGGACAAGUUUCGCCCUAGUUGAGUUCAUAAUGAGAUUUGAGAUUUAUUUCAUAUCUGAUUCUUCCGGGUCAUUUAACACACCCCGGGUCGAAUCGACCCGCAGAAUGU